CAGUCGGCGCUCCAGCCGGUAACGCUGUGUCAGACAGCCGGCCCAGCCUGGGAGCUAUGGCGUCUUAUUUCGAUGAGCACGACUGCGAGCCGGUGAACCCUGAGCGGGAGGCCCGCAACAGCAUGUUGCUGGAGCUCGCGAGGCGAGUGCGCGGGGCGUGGACCUGGGCUCCGGGCAGCAGAUCACUCUUCAAUAGGAUGGACUUUGAAGACUUGGGAUUGGUAGUAGAUUGGGAUCACCAUCUGCCUCCACCAGCUGCCAAGGCUGUAGUGGAGACCCUCCCCCGUACAGUCAUCAGCAGCUCGCAGGCCGAGCUCAAGUGCCCCGUGUGUCUUUUGGAAUUUGAGGAGGAGGAGACUGUCAUUGAGAUGCCAUGCCAUCACCUCUUCCAUUCCAACUGCAUUCUGCCCUGGCUAAGUAAGACAAAUUCCUGCCCCCUGUGCCGGCAUGAACUGCCCACUGAUGAUGACACUUAUGAGGAGCACAGACGAGACAAGGCUCGAAAACAGCAGCAGCAGCACCGACUGGAGAACCUCCAUGGGGCCAUGUACACGUGAGGCUCUCAUGGCUCUUCCUCUGGGACAUCUUCCUCUGACAUUUUGAAUCUUCAUUAAAGGCCUCUUUACCCACCCUGAGGCUAGUGCUCACAGGCUGCACAGGUGCCCUGCAUUCUUCACCAUACUGCUAAUAGGAAAGCUGGUGCUGAACCACAGCAGGUGCCAGGCUGCAUCCCCUCUCUGCUAGCCUUUUUAGACUCUGGGUGGUGGGGCCCUGGAUCAGCCAGGGUUUGGAAGGUCUAACAUGUUCAUGGUUGGAAGGCAAACGGUGUCAGGGCCUGACACUUUGUAGGUAUUUAAAACUGAUAAACUAACUUUCACCUCCCCCUUCCUGAAGUCUUUCGUUAACCUUGGAACCUUUAGUUAAUGUUGGAAUCCUGGGGAUGUUUUUUAGCUUUACAGAGAAAACUUUUAACAUUUUAAGCUUGUUCUUUGUGUUCCAGCCCCACAGUCCCCCUAUUAAGGAAUCAAAGUUCAAACCAGACUGGAUAGGGGAAAGAAGGGAGACUACAAAGCAAAGCCAGUUCUUUAGACUUUUAGACUCAGAGAGUAUGCCAAAGCCUUUCAGAGGGUUUGUUUUGAGACUGAGUCUCACUUAUGUGGCCCUGGUUGGACUGAAACUUGCUGUAUAGAUCAGGCUGGUCUCAAACUUGGGAUCCUUUUGCCCCUGCCUCCCCAGUGCUGGGAUUACUGAUCUGUACCUCCACCUACCGCCAUGCCCAGUCCCUUGCCGUGUGUUUGGAUGGCCCUUGUCACUCUUAGUUCCCGGCAGCCCUGUUCUUAGCAGUGAACACUGAAGACUCUCUGGAAGCACGGGCUCCCUCCCAUCCCUGUAGUACUGGGUGAGGCCCUUCCUGAUUCUCCACAACAGACUACAAACAUGCAAAUUAGAAUUCUUUUAAUAGAUAUAAAAAAAAGUACUAAAAUA